CCAAAGAAAACCCCAUUACAAAAAAAUUUCCAUUUUUUAUUUUAGAAAGGAAAAAAAAAUAACACACCGAGUUUCAUAUAAUUUGCACCGGAAAACAUGUCGAGAAGAAUAGCAGCCGCCGUCUCCGUCGGUGCAGCGGCGGUGGUGGUGAGAGAAUACGACGAGGAUUCCGACAAAACCGCCGUGGAAGAGAUGGAGACGAAGUGCGAUGAGACGGGUCCACGUGGCAAGCCGACAAUGGUCUCCGACCUCUUGGGAGAUCCUCUUCGCCGCGUCCGCCAUUUUCCUUCUCAUGUCAUGCUGGUUGCAGAGUACGGAGAAGGAAGAGAGGUUGUGGGAGUUGUAAGAGGCUGUGUCAAAACUGUUACGAGAGGAGACUCAGAUUACGUUAAGCUUGCUUAUGUUCUUGGACUUAGAGUCUCACCUUUACACAGGAACUUGGGCGUAGGGACAAAACUGGUGCAAGCGCUUGAAGAAUGGUUCAAGAGACAGGGCGCGACGUACGCGUACAUGGCCACCGACUGCACAAACGCACCGUCCAUUAACUUGUUCACCAAGAAAUGUUCAUACACCAAGUUCCGCACACCCACCAUGCUGGUCCAACCGGUUCACGCCCACAUCAAACCGGUCGGUUCUGACAUCUCCAUCAUCCGGUUAACCCCCAAAAGCUCCGAGUCCAUCUAUUCCAGAGUUUUUAAGAACUCAGAUUUCUUCCCUCUCGAUAUCGGCUCGGUAUUAGCCAGCCGCAGCAGCCUGGGAACGUUCAUGGCCGUGCCGAGAAAACCUCGGACCAAACCAGACGAAACAGAUGGAGACUUUCCGUCGAGUUUCGCGAUAUUAAGCGUGUGGAGCACCGAGGAAGUGUUCAAGCUGCAAAUGAAGGGGGUUUCGAGGUUAAUGCACGCGUGCUGCUCCGGUUCAAGAUUGCUGGAUUCUUGCAUGCCCUGGCUGAGAUUACCUUCCUUUCCCAACGUUUUCGACAAGUUCUGGGUCUAUUUUAUGUACGGAUUACACAUGGAAGGUGAAGACGGUCCGCAUCUUAUGAAGGGAUUGUGUAAAUUUGUGCAUAACUUGGGGAGAUUCGACGGAGGUUGUGGUGCGGUGGUCACGGAGCUGAGUCCGUCUGACCCCGUUGCGGCCGUGGUCCCUCACUGGAGACGCCUUUCUUGGGCCGAGGAUCUUUGGUGCCUCAAGAAACUCUCGGCGGAUGGACCCGAAACCUCUGAUUGGAUUCGAUCGAGAUCUUCCUCCUCGCCCGUGAUUUUCGUCGAUCCUCGUGAUAUAUGAGAUGGAAUGAUCGAUCAAAUGAAGUUUAACUAUUUUUUGUACAUAUAGAGAUGGAAAACCAAGAGGGUGUUAACAUGUUUUUAGUUUCGGAAAUCUGAUUUUUCUUUAGUUAGUGUUCAUCUUUGUUCUGAGAU